AUGAGCGAGAUCGCGGCGCUGAAGCUCGCCGUGCCGCGGGCUGGUGUGUUUGGAGGAGUGCAGGCCAACAUUCAACUGGCGGCCGUCGGCGCACUAGGCAUGCUGGCACUGGGCGGCCUCGCAGCUGCCGUCCUCCGGAGGAUCAAGGGCACAUCCCUGGAUGCCUUCCUGGUCAGGAAGCCGGCCGAGUUUGGCGGGCUCUUCGACAUCGACCCCACCCUUGAGGCUGUGCUCGACACCAUUGCAGCAGCUUUCGCAAACGAGGACAUGGAGUAG